AUGCAUUUCUUCAAGAACCUCGCCAUUCUUCUCCUCCCAGCAGCAACCUUAGCUGGAGUCAUCCCUUAUAAAAUCACGAAAGGCUACGCAAAUCCUAAAACAGGGCCAGGUUCAAAGAAGAUUACGGAUAUUGACAUACCAGGAGAGAAUAAUUUCUUAAGCUUCAAAGGCACACCUCCCGGAGAAGUUGUUCAAGACGGUGUUAAGCUGAGGAUUCUUUCUGUUGGCGAUUCUAUCACUGUUGGCUUUGGAAAAGGGACAGAUGGAAAUGGAUAUCGGAAGAGAUUGGGAGAGGACCUAAGUGGAAAUGAGGUCGUUUGGGCUGGCACUGAGAAGACAGCGGGAGAUAUGAAAGACGGUCACUUUGCAGCCUGGUCCGGAAAAACAGUCCAAUACAUCAACGACCACAUUGAUCCCUCCCUCGAACAACGCCCCAACCUCAUCCUCAUCCACGCCGGAACAAACGACAUGAACAGUAAGGAUCACAUCUCCGCAGAAGGGAACCACCCUCAACAAGCCACCGACCGCUUAGGAUCAUUGGUCGAAAAGAUGAUUUCCAAAUGUCCUGACGCCACUAUUAUUAUCGGUAUGAUCACCGAUGUUUGUGAUAGCGAGUCGUAUCACUCUCAGAGAGAGAGGAUAAAGAUCUACCGGGAUCAUAUUGCUAGAUUGGCAAAUGAACUCAACGCAAAUGGUUCGCAUGUACUUGCUGCAGAUUUCGGGCCUUUUGACGACACGCUUCUGAGUGAUUGCGUUCAUCCGACGCAUCAGGGGUACCAAAUCUUAGGGGAUUGGUGGUAUGAUUUCAUUCAUCAGAUUCCUAAGGGUUGGAUCAAGGAUCCUGUUGGACCUGAUCCUGUUCGGGAUUAG